UUCAGAUAGCCCCAUUGGCUAAGUUAAUAGCUCAAUUCUCAAACACUCUUUAUAGUUUCCUUUUGAGGUGAUUUCCUCCACGCAAAGGGAAAAAAGCUCUUAAAAUCUCCUGUUUUCUACCCCUCUGUAAAGGUACCAAACGCUUACCUUUAUUUCACUUGGGCGCUUGCUCCUUGUGAUUCAUUAGAGGCAUUAACUUAUCUGUAUUGCCAUUUCUUUACCUCUCCAAUUAUAUAUGGGCUGAGGUGCACCUUUCAUGGGAGGUGUAGAGGAUAAUGAACCAGCCUCAAAACGUAUGAAACUAUCCUCUGAAGAACUGAGACGUCUUUCCAACGGUUCAACUAUUACAGAGACUGUAGCUGGGUCUUUAGGUGACCUAAUGGCUCGGCCCCUGCAGUCUGAAGGGGGUGAAGAAGUUGUUGGCUCGAAAGGUGUUAUAAAGAAGGUAGAAUUUGUCCGAAUAAUAGCAAAAGCGUUAUAUUCUCUUGGUUAUAUAAAGAGUGGUGCUCAUCUAGAGGAAGAGUCAGGGAUACCAUUAUAUUCUUCUGUGGUCAAUGAAUUUAUGCGGCAAAUUCUUGAGGGAAAUUGGGAUGAAAGUGUUGUUACAUUGCGUAAUAUUGGUCUGACUGAUGAAAAGACCAUAAAAUCAGCCUCUUUUCUGAUAUUGGAACAUAAGUUUUUGGAACUUUUGGAUGAAGAAAAGGUAAUGGAUGCCCUGAAAACAUUGAGGACUGAGAUUGCACCUCUUAGUGUCAAUAAUAGUAGAGUACGUGAGCUUUCUUCAUACAUCGUGUCACCAUCUUACUGUUCUUCUGUUCGGUCUCCGAAACAAGAUACAUUGAGGGCAAGAUCCCGGAGUAAACUAUUGGAAGAAUUACAGAAGCUGCUUCCUCCUAAAGUUAUGAUCCCGGAAGGAAGGUUGGAGCAUUUAGUUGAACAGGCCCUUGUAUUGCAACGAGAUGCUUGCAUGUUUCACAACUCAUUGGAUAAGGAAAUGUCACUAUAUUCUGAUCAUCAGUGUGGGAGAGAUCAAAUUCCUUCUCAAGCAUUGCAGAUAUUCCAGGCUCACACGGAUGAAGUAUGGUUUUUGAAAUUUUCGCAUAACGGGAAAUACUUAGCUUCGUCAUCAAAUGAUCAGUCAGCAAUCAUUUGGGAGGUUUACGAGACUGGAGUAUCUUUAAAACAUAAUCUCUCUGGUCACCAGAAACCUCUCUCUUCUGUUUCAUGGAGUCCUGAUGACCGUCAGCUUCUGACAUGUGGCUCAGAUGAGGUCAUAAGGCUCUGGGAUGUCUCUUCUGGUGAAUGUCUUCAUGUUUAUGAAAAAACGGGUCUUGGUAUGGUUUCGUGUGGAUGGUCUCCAGAUGGAAAAUGGAUAGUUUCGGGUCUGAACGAUAAGAGUAUCUGCAUGUGGGAAUUGGAUGGGAAAGAGCUAGAGUGCUGGAAAGGGCAACGAACGCUAAAAAUUUCUGAUUUGGAAAUAACCGGUGAUGGAAAGCAAAUUAUUAGUAUAUGUCGAGAAACAACAAUAUUAUUACUCGAUCGGGAAGCAAAAGUUGAGAGAUUUAUCGAAGAGGAUCAACCAAUAACUUCAUUCUCGUUGUCGAGAGACAGUAGGUUCUUGCUGGUAGAUCUUUUAAAUCAGGAAAUCCAUCUAUGGAAUAUAGAAGGUGAUCUGAAACUUGUUUCUAAAUAUAGAGGCCAUAAACGCACUCGCUUCAUAAUUAGGUCUUGUUUUGGUGGCCUUGAUGAAGCUUUUAUUGCCAGCGGUAGUGAGGACUCACUGGUCUAUAUUUGGCAUAGGACCACGGGGGAGCUUAUAGAGUCAUUACCAGGUCAUUCCGGAGCGGUUAAUUGUGUGAGCUGGAAUCCGGCAAACCCACACAUGUUGGCAUCGGCUAGUGAUGAUCGUACGAUUCGUAUAUGGGGUUUGAAUAAUCUAAGCACAAGCACAAAGCAGAAAGAACCUCAGAGUAAUGGCAUCCAUUAUUGCAAUGGAGGAACCUGAGAUUGAAAUGCAUGGAAUCUGCAGCGCGAAGCAGAAAGAACUUCACAGUAAUGGCAUCCAUUAUUGCAAUGGAGGAACCUGGGAUCGAAAUGCAUGGAAUCUGCAGUCCAUUGAUAUCUCUGAUAUAAUUGGUUUCAUGUAAAUACUUUUACCUUGUUGAAAGCUUGACAUUCAUAUGAAAAAGGGAGAAAAAAAAAUUUCAGCAAUGCAAUGCCAGAU